AGUGGUAUAUUUUUUGGAAAUAAUAAUGAAAAAAUAGCCCAGAGACUUAAAUCCAUUAUCCCCAGAAAUCAUCACCAUGAGUUCAGUCUCCUGCUCUGUAGAUUGUUCAUCUGGUGAAUCAUAUCAAAGGGAUUUGAAAUGGUUUGGGGCAAAUAUGGGAAAAGUGAUAACAGCUUUGAGUCUGUGAACUUUCCGAACAUAAAAAUGCAAACGUGUCAUAUGAUAUGAGCUACAGUUUUCUGCAACAAGUUUCAGUGACUUACAUAUUUCAAUCAACACUUUCUUUUGACAUUUUCAGAUUGCUUUCCCUCUUCUCCUUUCCCCAACAGUGUUUUCCCUUUUUGCCCUCAAGUCAGCAGUUUCAUUCCCCUACUGGUGUUUGUGGAACACAUGAACUUUGCCUCCAUCUGCUCAUCCCUCCAUCUACUUUACUGUCAUUCCUCGCUCCAUCCAUCACUCCUCUGUUUCCUCUGUCAGUUCUGUGAGCUAUGAAGAGAUUCACUGGUUUCCUGAGUGGAAGAAAUGAUUUGGCCACAGGAGCUAUCUUUUAGGAGAAUCUUACAUCUUUAAAGUCAAGCCUGAAGGAGAGAGUGCUUGCCUGAACCUGUCCACAUGCCGCAGGGGACGGUGACCACAGGUGGAGGGAAGGAGGCCCCCGUGGAUGCAUGAAAGAGAGAAAAAAGAAAGAUGGUGUGUGUGCUGAAGUGCAUCAGAAGGAGCAUCUUUCACCUCGGCAGGGAUGUGCUGCGAUCUGCCACAGCUGAUAAAAAUCAGGCCGAGGAAAUGCAGUUUGCAGCAUCUCACAACACUUGAUUUCCACAUCAAAGCCAGUCUCCAACAUCUCCGCCUGCAUCUGACUGUCUGCCAAGAGAAACCUGUGGGUUUCUAUUUCCAUGAGUGACGUUUUUGGCCCAUUUUGGAUGUGAAACGUGAACUCGGUCGCCCUUCACAGAAGAGCAGUGGGUCAACCCAAACAAACUGUUCAAAAGCAAGGAGGACACUGUAAAGAUCCCACCGCAUGUCGAGAAGUUUAACACGAGGACUGUAGCCUGAAGCGAGAGGGAGCUUUGUGUUUUGAGCCUGUAAAGAUCCUGUAAAGUGAACUGAAACACAACAAGAACCACUAGAACAAAAACUAAAAAAGAAGCGUCUUCUCUGACUGUGUCAAGAUGAUGACCAUGAUGAUGAUGAUGGCGGCCAUGAUGGUCACUUGCAGCUCUCUGUUUCUGCUGGGUCUGGCUGCGGCCCACGCCUCCUCUAGCACCGUGACCCGCACUUCCUCUUCAACUUCGUCCUCAUCCUCCUCGUCCUCCUCAUCGCCACGCAUGAAGCUCUCAUACAAAGAGCUGCAGCAGUUCCAUGGAGUGCGCCGGUUCGAGUUGGAGCGCUCCUGCUGCUUCAGCGCUCUGCUCCUCGAUGAAGAACGGGGACGUCUCUUCGUCGGUGCCAAGAACUUCCUGCUGUCACUCUCACUGGACAACAUCGCCAAGCAGGAACACAAGAUCUACUGGCCUGCUCCUGUCGACUGGAGGGAGGAGUGUAACUGGGCUGGCAAGGAUAUCACUUCUGACUGCGUGAACUAUGUGAAGAUUGUGCACCACUAUAACCGCACCCACCUGUACGCCUGUGGAACUGGGGCCUUCCACCCUACGUGUGCUUUUGUAGAGGUGGGACACAAAAUGGAGGACCACGUGUUCCGGAUCGACCCCUCGAAAGUGGAGGACGGGAAAGGAAAGAGUCCGUAUGAUCCACGCCACAAUGCCGCCUCUGUGCUGAUUGGUGAUGAGCUAUAUGCUGGCGUGGCCACAGACCUAAUGGGGCGUGACUUUACCAUCUUCAGAAGCCUGGGGAAAGGCCCCUCUAUCCGCACUGAACAGCAUGACUCACGUUGGCUCAAUGAACCAAAGUUUGUUGGUUCCUUCUGGGUGCCAGAAAGUGAAAACCCCGAUGAUGACAAGAUAUUUUUCUUCUUCCGCGAGACUGCGGUCGAGGCCCAGGGACUUGGAAAAUCCACCUACUCCCGCAUCGGACAGCUCUGCAGGAAUGACAUGGGCGGUCAGCGGAGUCUGGUCAACAAGUGGACAACAUUCCUCAAGACCCGUCUCAUCUGCUCGGUACCAGGGGCGGAUGGCAGCGACACGUACUUUGACGAGCUGCGCGAUGUGUUCCUGUUGCAGACGAGGGACAGAAAGAACCCUCUGGUCUACACGGUCUUCUCUACUUCCAGCAGUGUAUUUAAAGGCUCAGCUGUGUGCCUCUAUUCCAUGAAUGACAUCCGGAGGGCCUUCCUGGGGCCCUUUGCUCACAAAGAGGGGCCCAACUACCAGUGGGUCCCCUUCCAGGGAAAAGUGCCUUAUCCCCGCCCAGGAAUGUGUCCCAGCAAGACAUUUGGCAGCUUUGAAUCCACGAAAGGUUUCCCGGAUGACGUGAUCCAGUUUGCCCGUCACCAUCCUCUGAUGUAUAAUCCGGUCUAUCCUAUGAGCCGACGGCCCAUCUUCGUCAGAACUAACGUGGACUACAGCUUCACACAGAUUGCUGUGGACAGAGUCAACGCCGCCGACGGACAGUACGAUGUCAUGUUUAUUGGCACAGACAAAGGGACCGUUCUAAAAGUCAUCAAUGUCCCCAAGGAAAGCUGGAACAAUAUGGAGGAACUUCUACUGGAAGAGCUGGAGGUUUUCAAAGAUGCAUCGUCUAUCAACAACAUGCAGAUCUCCUCAAAACGACAACAGCUGUAUGUCGGCUCUGACACCGGCAUAGCCCAGGUUCCCCUCCACCGCUGCAGUGUGUAUGGGAAAGCCUGUGCUGAGUGCUGCCUGGCCAGAGACCCGUACUGUGCCUGGGAUGGAACGUCCUGCACUCGCUAUCUGCCCAACACCAAGAGGCGCUUCCGUCGUCAGGAUGUGAGGAACGGAGACCCCAACACUCUCUGCUCUGGAGAUCACCAUAAGCACCGCGUGACAGAGAGGAAGUUGUAUGGCGUUGAGGGAAGCAGCACUUUCCUGGAGUGUAUCCCCAAAUCCCUUCAGGCCAAAGUGACCUGGACCUUCCAGAAACAUUCACAGAACCCACGGGAAGAGGUACGUCUAGAUGACCGCAUCCUUCAGACCGACAGAGGUCUUCUGAUCCGCCGAGUCCUAAAGAGAGACAUCGGCAUCUACCAGUGCCACGCCAUGGAAUACGGUUUCACCCAGACUUUGCUUGGUAUCACUUUGGAAGUUGUGCCCUCAAUGUCUUCCUCAGCCUCCAAUCUACCCUCCGAUGCACAGGUCCGCAGUGGAGGCGGGCCAGCAGUGACCAAUCAAAAGCUUUGGUACCGGGACUUCAUGCAACUGGUGGAUCACCCUAACCUGAGCACCGUCGACCAGAUCUGUGAGCAAGUUUGGGCGCGCAAGAACGCGGGCAGCGAUCAGGUCGAUAAGGUAUUUCCCGCCCCGGCAAAGGACGCCCUCUCUGCGGGUCCCGCCGCCCGCCCAGCGAACAAGAAGUGGAAGCACCUGCAGGAGAUCAGGAAGGGGAGAAACCGCCGGACCCACGACGGGAAACCAAACCCUCGUGCACCACGCAGCGCAGGGGAGUAACAACGCAGAGGUAAAAAAAGAAUGACUGAUACAGGAAGAAAAGAGGCGUAUGACAGAACGAGACUGAGAACUUCUGGAGGUGUUCACCCACACACACACAUACACACACACACGCACACACACACAUACACCUCCUCCAUUGUGUAUAUUUCUCUAUGGAUGCCCCCCAGUAUAUUGUACACCUGUCCCCGACUCAUCACCCCGGCGGUCAGCCCCUGCAUGUGCUGCUUUAUUGCCCAAUUCACUAGAAUAGUUGAAACAGAGACGUGAAAAGUAAACCCGACGCUACUGUGGGCGGUGCACUUAACACUCACCUGUCGUUCCCUUUGACACUGACUGGUGGAGGAGGGUGGGUUCCCCGUUUGUCAGCUACACGUGAUAUGUACAUAGCAGGUCACACAGUGUGGACACCAACUGUCUGGGCGACACCACUUGGGGGGGAAAAAAAAACCAAACAAAUCAACUCCAAGUUUUCAAAAAUGAAGCCUUCACAUUGCGUUUCCCGCCUGAAGAUUUGAUACCUGUGUACGUGGACUCGAGUGUGUUGCUCGACGGGAAAGAAUGGAGAAAUGUGACGACUGGGAUAUACUGCGAAAGAAUGGUCGCAAACUGGAAAACACACAAAAACACAUCCUUUAACGUUAUUCCUACAUAGACACAUGCAUCGAUCGACUUCCUGUGGUGCUCCUGGUGCACAUACUUUCACCGGCCUCACUCUUCACGUGUCUGUGUGUGUGUGUGUGUGUGCACAGAUGAGGUGUGAGAUGCCAGCAGUGUGGGCGCAGCCUGUGGAAUAAAUCAGCAUGAUGCCGUACUGAUUAUACUACAUAGCAUGUUUCUUAGUGGUUUCCUUAGGCACACUGAGGCUUGUUGCAGCAAAAAUAAAUCACAGAGUACAAUGCAGUUAUGGUUAGAGAGUAGUUGAAUCUGGCCAGAUAUGAUUAUAUUGCUUCACUGGUCCAAACCACUAGAGAAUGAGGGGGUGGAAAAAACUACUGGCAUUCCAUGAUGUGAGAGAAAGAUGAGAUGUUUACAGUGCACAGACAAAGCUGGAGCUCAAAGAAAGUCGCUCUCUCUCUCUCUGAAGGCCCCGUAACGUCCCUGUCAGACCUGGAGUAACACCUACACACGUUUGAGUUAUGUUUUACGUGGCUUUGUUAACACAUACAUACAUAUUUUUUAAGUAUAAAGAGUUUUGACAUGACCCAAAACCCUUGCUAUAAGAUUUAUUAUUUAUUGAGUUUUAUUUGAUUGUGUUCAGUGUGUUGUGUAUUAAUAUUAAGGAGAUACAUGAACACAGUAGUUUAUAGAUGGAGAGCGUUAAAACAGCGAGGAGGAGGAGGAGGAGGAGGAAGAAAGAUCUUUAGUGGACUUCACAUAUGACAACCCAUGUUUCGGGGAUUCAGUACAGUAUAUAUUUUAGCAUAUUUAUGACUGAAAAUAUGAUUGUUUUUUGUAUUCUAAGUGGUACUUUUACUUCUCGCUCUUUUACACUGUUCUUGCAUUUGUUUGUGAUAAAUACAUAGUGUAUAUGCAAAUGUUAUGAAAUGUCAUUAGCUCCUUCAUUCAGCACAGAUUCAUUUACACAACAACAACAACAACAACAACAACAACAGAACUGCAUCACCCGCAACAGUAGAAAAAAAAAGAUGAACGUCCGUCUGACUUUAUACACUGUUGUAAUCAACACCAUUUGAAUUGUUUGCUGCUCAACAGUGUCAUCUCUUCCUAAAGGACAGUUAGUACAAUAAGGUCUUCCUUCCGUCUGUCUGUCUAUCUGUCUGUCUGUCUGUCUCAUGUACGGUAUCUAUCUGUGUAUUAUCUGUAAAGAGACUUUGUCAGUGUGUGUGUGUGUGUGUGUGUGUGUGUGUGUGUGUGUAGCCUGCCCCCUAGUGUCCGUUGUGCGUACAAGCUCAGACAAAGAGCCGACCUGUGUGAUAUCAUUGUCCCUCGACGUGAUAGAAAAGAUAAACCACUCUUAUAUGUGUUUUGCGUUCAUGAAAUCUCAACAUGAUUUCCCUCUUGGAUAUGUGGUCCAAUUUGUGCUGCUACCAUAAAUAUCCCGAAAGCAAGAUUUCCCACUAUACUCGCAACAGAAAUGUAUUUUUUAAAAGUCGUAUUCUCAAUUCUCAAAUUACGUCUUUGGGUGAAAGCAGCACAAACUAGGUCUGUGUGGGGGAUUUGUAGAUGUAUGGAAUCAUUGUGGUUAUUUAUGUACCUUCUUCUUUGCAGAGAUGUAAUUAAUUCAUUAAAGAAAACAGCACGGACUGGACUCACUGACACCUGUAAAGUGGCACCACGUUUCCAGAGCAGCAGAUGUUGGAUUUAGGUCACUAAUACGCUAAAAUGGAGAUUAAAAGUAAUUAGUUGUGUACAUAGCCUUUUUUAGAAUGGUAGUGAUGUCAGACUUGACCGAGUCUCCCUCUCACGUCAGCUGUCGUUUCCUCGUCUUUUAAAAUUGCAUGACCGAUGUUAGUGGCUGAACAUGUUUGACAAUGGUGUGGUGGCAAGAAAGAGCAAAAGAAAGAAAGCACAAUGUUGAAAAUGAUUAUUAUUAUUAUUAUUAUUAUGAUGAUUAUUAUUAUUCCUAUGUAUUUAUGUGCAAAGAUAAGCUGGUACGCUGGGGUGGAUUUUUAUUUUUCUUAUUAAUGUAGAAAUACGUCUGUAUUGUUCAUGUUCUGCUGAAAAAUGGCUCAUCCUCAAUGUUUUUGUACAUUUUGGCCAAUGAGGAAACUCCUCCUGAACAGUGUCCCAAUUAGAGCUUCUGCUGUUCACACUCGGCCCUCCAAUAAACACUCCUGUUGUAUCCCAGGCCAUGUGACACACCCCUGUACAACAGCACAAGGAGAGGCUUGUGUAAGUGUGUGUGUGUGUGUGAGAAAGAGAGAGAGAAGGAGAGAAAGAAAUGUGUGCUUGUGAUUUAUAUGUGUGUGUGUGUGUGUGUGUGUGUGUGAGAGAGAGAGAGAGAGAGUUUUUAGGGGAAAGCAGAGCUCUGUAUAUAAAGGCAAAAUAACAGUAGCAUGCAUGUGUAGAGAGAGCAGUGUUAAUGAAAGUUCAAAAGGUCAAGGCCAAAGUUAACAUGGUGCACUGUCAUUCUCCCGGAGGUCUUUGUGAAGAGUCAUGUUUUUGAUUAACACAAUAAAAUAUGCAGUUACUUUAAAA